UUUGAGCGAAAAUAUAAAAAUGUGCAAGGGACUUGGCUUUAGCACCGGUUUUAUGGCGCUCUGUGCUUUUAUUGCCUGCUUCGGUGCACUGAAUAUGCUCUCUAAAAUUGAACAUAUUAUAGUGAAUCCGCUUUUUAACCUUCCGGCCUUUGAACCAGUUGACGAUGGUGAUGACGAGGCGGUCGGCACCUGCAAGAGCUACAUUGUGGAUAAUAUCGAAGGCCCCUAUCCUCGCUUUCUCGAACUCACCUACAUGAGGUGGACUGUUGGCUUUACCUUGUUCUAUUCUUUUGCCGUCAUGCUUCUUGUAAGAGCCAAAUAUGUGAGCAACAUGGAAAUUAAAUUGAUAAUAGCCAGCCUGAUGAUGUUUGUGGGCGCCGCACUAGCUCUUGCGCUGUUUGCCUCCACAACGGUGCUCUCGGAACGACCCCUCUUUGCAGAGGUUCGAUGUAACGAGUAUACUUUCUAUUUCAUAUUCUUCAUAGCGCUGAAUACAUCUAUGUGCGCUUUAUACUUCCUAACCCUAGCUUGCUACAGCUACUUCAAUAUAACCGAUCGGGAGCUGUAAUCAAAGUCAAGACAUAGACACAUUUGUAGAAAAACAUUCAGACACGUUUAUUCGA